GAUCAGCUAGAUAAGUUUAGGGUUUUUCGGGGCGUCGGUGCGGAACGAUGCCUGUUCUUGUUAUGGAUGAGAUUAAAGAAGUUAUGGAUGAAGUCGAUAGGACUUCGUCGUGUAUUGAGGAGAAUGUGGUUAUGAAUAAAUCAGCUAAGAGUACGAGUCCCCGAAGCCCUCGUGGUGCAGAAUCUGUGGAUCGCCCCGAUGAUGGGACGAUUCAGGCUGAUACCUGCAUUGAGCAACUUUACGAGAAUGUGUGUGAUAUGCAGAGUUCUGAUCGGUCACCCUCAAGGCCGAGCUUUGAAUCGUACGGUGAGGAGUCUAGGAUUGAUUCCGAAUUGGGCCAUCUUGUUGGAUUAGAGAGGAGAGAAGUUGAGAUAAUGCAAGAGGAUUUGGAUAAACCCGAAGAUGACAGUCGUAGUAAUUCUUCUUCGAAGAAGGGAGGCUCGUCUAGUGGUAAGAAGUCGGGGCAGUUGUACAAGACCCUAUCUGCAAGUGCAAAUUCAAUUACUUCAGAUCAUGUCAAGAAAGAAUCUCAAUCGCAGUUGGACUCUGGAGCAUCAACGAAAACCGGUUUUAAGGGAAAAAGUCCACCUGAGAAACCUAAAAUCAAUAAGCCGAACAAUAAGAAUCCAAAGAGAUCAAACACGGGAGUUGCAUCCAUGAAGAAAGGGAAAGUGUCAAAUUUGCAAAAUGGGAUCGAGGAUGCUUCCGAGUCAUGGUUAGGUAAUCCUGAUAUCGGACCAUUGUUACUCAAGCAAGCCAGAGAUUUGGUUUCUGUAGGAGAGAAUCCCUUGAAAGCUCUUGAAUUAGCACUUCGAGCUGCAAAAUCAUAUGAACUUUGUGCCAUCGAGAAACCCAGCUUAGAACUGGUCAUGUGUUUGCAUGUUACUGCAGCAAUAUAUUGCAGUUUAGGCCAGUACAAUGAGGCGGUUCCUCUUCUCGAGCAAUCGAUCGAGAUUCCAGUGAUCGAGGAAGGCCAAGAGCAUGCUCUCGCUAAAUUUGCUGGUUAUAUGCAGUUGGGCGACACGUAUGCAAUGUUAGGACAGCUCGAGAAAGCCAUCAGUUGUUAUACCACUGGCCUCGAAGUCCAGAAACAAGUCCUUGGAGAAGUAGAUCCCAGAGUCGGCGAGACCUGCAGGUAUUUGGCUGAAGCUUAUGUCCAGGCGUUGCAAUUCGAUGAAGCUCAGAGGCUAUGCCAAAUGGCUCUUGACAUUCACAGAGAAAAUGGUUCUCCGGCUCUUCUCGAAGAGGCAGUAGAUAGGAGGCUCAUGGGUCUCAUAUGUGAAACAAAGGGAGACCAUGAAGCUGCUUUGGAGCAUCUUGUUUUAGCCAGUAUGACCAUGGUGGCAAACGGCCAGGAGGCAGACGUGGCUUCUGUUGACUGCAGCAUCGGAGACACGUACUUAUCUUUGUCUCGAUACGACGAGGCUGUUUUUGCAUAUGAGAAAGCUCUCACAGCUUUUAAGACUGCCAAAGGGGAGAACCACCCUGCUGUUGGAUCAGUCUUUGUCCGGUUGGCUGAUUUGUAUAACAAGACAGGGAAACUAAAGGAAUCAAAAUCAUACUGCGAUAAUGCUCUCCGAAUCUAUGAAAAGCCCAUACCUGGGAUCCCUCCAGAGGAAAUCGCAAGUGGCCUCACCGAUGUUUCUGUUAUCUAUGAAUCAAUGAAUAAACUUGAUCAGGCAAUCAAGUUGCUACACAAGGCCUUAAAACUAUACAAUGACGCCCCUGGUCAGCAAAGCACAAUCACCGGGAUCGAAGCACAGAUGGGAGUAAUGUAUUACAUGCUGGGGAACUACCCAGAAUCUUACAACUCCUUCAAAAGUGCCAUUUCUAAGCUACGUGCAUGUGGAAAGAGGAAAUCUGCCUUCUUUGGCAUCGUUCUCAAUCAAAUGGGGUUAGUUUGCGUGCAACGCUAUCUCAUACACGAGGCGGUUGAUUUGUUCGAAGAAGCCAAAACAAUAUUGGAGCAAGAGUGCGGACCAUAUCACCCCGAUACGCUGGGGGUAUAUAGUAACCUUGCAGGCACUUAUGAUGCAAGUGGCAGGUUGGAUGAUGCAAUUGAAAUACUGGAGUACGUCGUCGUGACGAGAGAGGAGAAGCUCGGGACUGCGAACCCGGAGGUUUGCGACGAGAGGGAAAGGUUAGCUGAAUUAUUAAAAGAAGCGGGCCGAGUUCGGAGCCGGAAAGCCAGAUCAUUGGAAACCCUUCUCGAUGCCAACCCACAUGUUCAACGGCGGGGGGAUUAAGGUUCGGUAUGCAUGGAUUCAUGUAUUUAUGAUUGAAGAUAAUGCAUUAUAGGAGCCAUUCAAGAGAAAAAGAAUAGAAGUUCCUUUUUG